UCUCUUCACCACUCAAUCAUAUCUCCUUACACAAGCAGUCAAGCAGUCAACAAAGAAGAAAUUUCUUUUUUCGGAGACAAAGAGAUAUUUCACACAGUAUAGUUUUGCCGGCUGCAGUUUCUUCAGCUCAUCCGGUUCCUAAGGUACUGUAUUGCCUAUUAUCUGCUGCUUUUUCCAGCCAAGAUAAAAGUUGACUGCAGAAGCGAUCAAAUAUUUUUGCACCUUUGAUUUCUGAGCCAUUUGGGUUUUAAUUUUCAAACUAGGCUUGUGAUCUAAAACUGUGACUUGAGAAGUUUUAAUAUCCUGCAGUUCUAUAGCAUUAAUUUUUUAAAAUAAAGCUCUAAACUUUCAGUUGCUUAGCUUAUUUAGAAUUAAAAUUUCGGCUGGUCCGAAGGUAGUGAGUUAUCUCAAUUGAUUGUUCACAGUCAGUUACAGAUCGAACUCCUUGUUCUACCCUUUCCUCCCUUCUCACCACUGUACUUGACUAGUCUUAAAAAAAAAAAAAAAAAAAAGUAGAAUUAAAAUUUCUAUCAAGAAAUUUUCUACAUUAAAUUUCUAACACGAAGAUAAAACUAUAUGUAUGUAGUUUUCUAACUGUUUUAGAGAAAAAAAAUUGACUAUAAAAUUAUGAUGAUUCAAAAGAGAUUACUUGAAACUAACACGCUAGAUUUUUUUAAGCCUGUUCUUAUACUUUCCUUGUUAUUUGAUGCUACUGUCUUUGAAUCGUCUUUGAAACUAAAUUAAAUAAAAUAUAUCUCAGAGCAGUCUUGAUUUUUUUUUUUCAGAGAUUGCAAUUCUGUGGAAAGGCAAUCUAUCCAUUUUUCAAAGUGCAAUAUAAAGGGAGCAUACAAGCCCCUUAGGAAGAAGGAGAAUAGCUAAAGAAAUAUAGAUUUGUCACAAAAAAUCAUCUGCUUUCUCCCUUUUAUAAAUUUUUUUAUGGUGAGCCCACAUUUAGUAUAUUAUACUUCCUGAAGGUAAAUGGCCCACUUUUAAGGCAAAGGCCUACGACACAGAAGGGCCACCAGGAUGUAUCCCGUGGCCUGGCCAUCACAGUGAGAGUGAGCAUUUGGUAUUAGUCACAAAAAUUGACAUUUUUUUUUUCUGUAGAAGAAAAGAAAAGGAAAUCUCUGGUGAGGUGAACUGUAUUGUUUUAGCUAUUUCAGUCAAUUUCAGCAUGACAACCCAACAGCCCUUCUGCCUGCAAGUUAUAACCUUGCCAGAUCACAGAGCAGCGUGGAGACAAGAACACAGGCUCUUUGGGGGAGACCUGGUGAGCGUUUGCGGGCAUUUGUGGUGAAGCUGUGGGAGAGUAGAUGUUCCUCCAGAGCUCAGCUGCGGCAAACCAGGCAGUAGUGUCACUUAUAUCAGAAAACCCAUCUGAACAGGGGGUAAGUGAAGACCCGUAACUCCUGCGUGAGAGGCUUCACAAAGAGGAGAGUCCUAACCUCAGCCCUUCCAGUGCUGCUGUGAUGUUUCAAUUGAAUAGUGUUAUCUCCCUCAGCUUCCUGUCCCAAACUGCUGUGGAGCCCUACUGUGGACUGUCCAACAACGCUUAUAGUUUGUAAUGCAUUAUAAACUACAAAUAGUUUGUAAAGAGCUGUGCAAAACCUUGGGACUGAAAGAAGUUCUGUGUCUAAGAUGGUAUUUAUUUUCCAAAUACUGCCCAUAGUGGAGAACGGCCUACAAAAGUGAUCAGGGUUGCAUGUUUUGAGUUUUAGGGUGGCUUUUUGUUUAUUCUUGGCAAGUAAUGGAAAUGUUCUAGGUAAUUUUUAUGUACUUGAAGAAGAAAACUUGUUUCAUUUUAUUCUAGCCUCUUAGUGUAAGUAUGGUUGCAAAAUGUAAGAAAAGUGUAUGUGUAAUAGGCUUCAGGGAACAUGACAGUCAGCCUUUUUACAUAUAUUCGUUUGGAGAGGGUGUUGGGAACUAUGUUUUACAUAAAUUAUAUUUUUGUGUUAAGAUGAAAGUGCUCUUAAUUAACCAUUUGGUGAAUUGGAAACUUGGUGCUAUUUUUUAUCAAUGGUGAUACGCUUCUAACUGGGUUGGGAGGAGAAAAAAAAGAAAACUACUGUUUGUUUUGACCAGAAGUCUACUUCAGUCCAGUUUGACUCAAAGCAUGGUAAGGUUAACAGACCAUCCAGAGGCAGCACUAACAGGCAAUGUUAAGUUCAAAAGGGCAGGGGAAGGAACUGGGGGCAGCCUGGAGGGUCUGUUGUGCUGGCUUCAGAGGUCGGUGCUCCGGCAGGAAGGGCAGAGCUCCAUGAAGCAGGAGGCUGUGUCUGAAAAAAUGAUCCCAUUGUCGUGCGCUGGGUUCUGAUCUUCAUUUUCAAUCCUUUUUCCUCAAGCACAUAAAGAAGCCAGACUAUGUGACGACAGGCAUUGUACCGGACUGGGGAGACAGCAUAGAAGUUAAGAAUGAAGAUCAGAUUCAAGGGCUUCAUCAGGCUUGUCAGCUGGCCCGCCACGUCCUCCUCCUGGCUGGGAAGAGUUUAAAGGUGGCGUCUCACCAAUCCUUAGAAUGACAUUCAUAAGGGGUUGACAUGACAACUGAAGAGAUAGAUGCUCUUGUUCAUCAGGAAAUCAUCAGUCAUAAUGCCUAUCCCUCACCUCUAGGCUAUGGAGGUUUUCCAAAAUCUGUUUGUACCUCUGUAAACAACGUGCUCUGUCAUGGUAUUCCUGACAGUCGACCUCUUCAGGAUGGCGAUAUUAUCAACAUUGAUGUCACAGUCUAUUACAAUGGCUACCAUGGAGACACCUCUGAAACAUUUUUGGUGGGCAAUGUGGACGAAUGUGGGAAAAAGUUAGUGGAGGUUGCCAGGAGGUGUAGAGAUGAAGCAAUUGCAGCUUGCAGAGCAGGGGCUCCCUUCUCUGUAAUUGGAAACACAAUCAGUUGCAUAACUCAUCAGAAUGGUUUGCAAGUCUGUCCAUAUUUUGUGGGACAUGGAAUAGGAUCUUACUUUCAUGGACAUCCAGAAAUUUGGCAUCAUGCGAAUGACAACGACCUACCCAUGGAGGAGGGCAUGGCAUUCACUAUAGAGCCAAUCAUCACGGAGGGAUCCCCUGAAUUUAAAGUCCUGGAGGAUGCAUGGACUGCGGUCUCCCUAGACAAUCAAAGGUCCGCCCAGUUCGAGCACACGGUUCUCAUCACGUCGGGGGGCGCGCAGAUCCUGACCAAACUGCCCUAUGAGGCCUGAGGAGCCACCCGAAGGUCUCGAUGACCGGGUGCCUUUUUAAAUAAAUUGCUGAAAUCCGGCUGGAGAACUUUUAGAAGAAACGGGGGAAUGACCGGUGGCGCGGUAACCUACGAGGCACCUAAUAGGACCUUGGAAAAACGCGGGGGAUCUGGAGGGCAACUGGGAACUCGGAUCUGAAGCCUUGCCGGGGCCGCGCGGCUUCGGAAAAACAAAUCCUCUCCCUGGGCUCUGUUUCCUAGCGCGGCCAACGCAUCUGGAGCGGACUGGAGGAAAUCCCCUCCUUUGGGAAAUGAGAGAUUCCAAGAGAAGCACGGUUUUCUCUUUCCCUUGUCCUGACUGCCAGAGUAAAAAACCUUUUAAAUCCAUUGCGUCUGAGCGCCUUACCUUUCUGACAGUUACAAUGAUCUUUGUGUCUGAACUUUGCAUGUCUGCCCAGAAACCCGAACCUGUUGAUGGAUUUUUUUUUAAUUCGUUUUCCCUUGUUACGUAUCCCACAUUGGCGGGCCCCCAGGAUGCUCGCAGAAGCCAGUCCCCAACCCCAGCCCUUCGGCAUCUUUCCCCUCCAUCGCGGCUUUGCGAUGAAAAGAUUGGCCUGCGAACAGAGGCAUGGAUGACAAACAUAUCCUUGCCAGUGGACUCUGAGCCUGGCCAUUCUGCAGGGUUCUAUCAAUUCAGAAAUGCGACUUUCCUGGACUCCUGCGGCUCUUCCUCACCCCGCCCACAUCAAGCUUUCCAAGGCUAUCCCAGAGGUGAAGUUUGAGGCCCUGCCCCCACCCACCACUCACACGCACUCAAGCUCGCUAGACCGUUUGCUACAGUAGGAAUUCGAGCUUGGGUCCCACUCGCCCAGGUGUGAACAAUGACGGGUUAGUGGGCGGUCUAGUCUCUAAAUUGACCCCUCCCAAAACUGGCCCUCUUUGGAUCGGGACCUGGGCUCGCACGCUGCAGGAGCCGCAAAGGUCAACUGUUCUGGAAACCUUGAGGGUUCCAGAUAGAGGAGAUACGGGCGCAUUUGAGAGCAAGGGCCUGCUUGGCCGGGACUGAAGCUUGAGAGUUGAACUCCAGUUCGGCUGGCAGCUCCAACUCGCUUCAGGAGCAGGAAUCCAAGGGCCCAUACUGCCUGCCAAGGGCCAUUUCUGCCCAGAUCAUCCUCCUUUCCGUUGCGCUUGCUCUCUGGUACCUGUUCGCACCUGAGCUCAAGGGUAGGGAGGAGCUGGGCCUCUGGCAGUAAGCGAAGGAAGCCGUCUGCCUCCGGUUAUGCUUUUAGGAACAAGUCCACUGAGGAUGUUCAAGCGGUUAAUGGUUGUGCUAACUCUUGUUUCUACCGAAGCGGGUUUUGUAAAGUUGACAUCCUUUAAAAAUAGCUUGGGCUUUCAGAAGCUCAAGGAAAUGGCACCCGUAGUUGCCAGGACAGUUGUCCUCGGCCAGGACUAAGAGCCAGUUCAUCUUUAUGACACUCAAAAAAAGGGUAAACUGAGGACCAGCUGGCUCGGAAAAGUGAUGAGUUCCAGCGUUUACCUAACACAGGGUUCUCUCUCCGUCAUCCCCCAAACCCUCCAGCUAGGCUUCUUUGUGUCCAGGGUUGUAGAUUUUUGGAUAGAGGUGUUUCUGAUUCUAGUGAGUCUGAGAACUAGAAAAGAUCAGGGAGGGGCUGACGAUGUACAAGGUCCAUAGAAAAACUUUUUGUCUGCUCGGAAGUUGGCCAAGCAGAGGCCCACAGACUGAUGUUACUGCCCCCCCAAAUAUGUGGAUUCCCUAAAGAGCAAGAGGGCUUAGCUGGCGUUGGGAGAUGUUUGCUGGAGAAUGACUUCCGUCUUCUCUUAAUGCAAUCGGACUGCAGCCAUUAGCAUUGUGUCCUAUCUGCAAAUCAGUUUACUCGGAGGUUCCCCAAGGAUAGUUUCAUUAGGACCACAGGAUUUUACCAACCACUGAGGUAACACACUGCUUGGGCAGCAAUUAUUUUGAGAUGGAGGUAUUUAUGGGACAAGUUUAUAAUUCCACGUAUUAAAGGGACUAACCUAA